AUGAUAAGAUGUGAAAUAUUAUUGACCUCAAAAUCAAAAAGAAGGAAGCUAAACUCUGCCGUCUACACUAGAGAAUCAAUAGAUGUUUCAGAAGACAACGCUAACUACUGGAGAAAUAAAUUUAUAGAAGCGGUUAGUACACAAACAGAGGUCCAAAAACAAUAUGAUAAGUUAGAACAUGAGUUGCAAGAGUUUUUGAAACAGCUGUCACGGAAAAAGAAACAUGUAAACAAAUAUAUAAACGAAGAAACAAAAGAUCUCUUAGAACAGAGAAAAGAAUUAUACAAGAAGAAAAGAACAAAAGAAUUAAAAUGUGAAAUAACAAGAAUAAGCAAAAAAAUUAACAGAAACAUUACCCAACAAAAAAAGAAGAAUACGACAAAGAACAUUCGAAAAAUUCAUAGGUACGACAGGGGCUCUACGUAA